AUUCCCUCGCAGGGAGACAUAUGUAAAUCAUUGAACUCUGUCGAUCGUAUAACUCAACUAAUCUGGCCUGACCAACUCCUUGUAUACGUACAUCUGCAGCACAUAAUUCUUUCACUCCUGCAAUCCUUCUGAUUCCCGGACAAGCCUCGUUGUGAUCGUACAUACAAGACGCAUUCCGCGGCUGGCAUCGUUUCGUCCCAUUUUACCGAGAAAUUUUCGAGAACCUGUUCGGCACUCAGAGCAUCAACAACCGCGGCCAAAAGAAGCCUCCUGCACUAGGAUCCAGCUUGUCUCCAUUCCCUUUAAAGCUUAGAAAAACGAAGGGCUGCUCUUAGCCAACCUACCUUACUCCUUCGGCCUCAAGAAGCAUCUAAAAAGUGAUCGCGUUGGCGCCCCCCCUUGAGCUCCGCUAUCUCGUCAUCUAUUCAGGCGAUUGUGAAAAAUUUUGCCUGCAUGCAGCCCCGACAAGCGCUGCGACAGUUCCCACGCCCACCGCUGCUGUUUAGGUCAGCCCAAUAUCUGCCACCCUGGGCCAAUCCCAUUCUCAGUCUCAGGCCCAGUCCCAAUCCUAGCCAAUCAAGGCCCGUCACGCUGGCGUCGCACACAAGUUUACCCAAAACCCGUGGAGCCCCUCCCCCUCCUUCGCCUCCAGCUUCUACUCUAGUCGGAACGUCAACUACUCCCCUCCAGGCUUCGCCCAACAUUCCCACCCAGCGGACAGCUCAGAUAGCUCGACAUCUGUCGACCUCAGCUACCGUCGAUCCCACUCGCAACCACCAAUUCCAAUAUCCAGCCCCAAUGGCUUCUCCCUACACCGUCCGCAGGGUGGCGGCGCCCCACACCUUGGAGCACCGUGUCUACCUCGAGAAGGAUGGCGUCCCGAUCUCGCCCUUCCACGACAUCCCGCUAUAUGCCAAUGCGGAGCAGACCGUCCUGAACAUGGUCGUCGAGAUUCCCCGCUGGACCAAUGCCAAGCUUGAGAUCUCCAAGGACGAGCUCCUCAACCCCAUCAAGCAAGACAUCAAGAAGGGCAAGCUUCGAUAUGUCCGCAACUGCUUCCCCCACAAGGGCUACCUGUGGAACUAUGGCGCCUUCCCGCAGACCUGGGAAGACCCCAACACGGUCCACCCCGAGACGAAGGCGAAGGGUGACAACGACCCGCUCGACGUCUGCGAGAUCGGCGAGCUCGUCGGCUACCCCGGUCAGAUCAAGCAGGUCAAGGUCCUCGGCGUCAUGGCUCUGCUAGACGAGGAGGAGACCGACUGGAAGGUCAUCGUCAUCGAUGUGAACGACCCCCUGGCCCCCAAGCUCAACGACGUCGAGGACGUCGAGCGCCACCUCCCCGGCCUGCUGCGCGCCACCAACGAGUGGUUCCGUAUCUACAAGAUUCCCGACGGCAAGCCCGAGAACCAGUUCGCCUUCACCGGCGAGUGCAAGAACAAGAGUUACGCCAUGGACGUCAUCCGGGAGUGCGCCGAGGCCUGGGACAGGCUCAUCGCUGGCAAGGUCCAGCCCGGUAAUGUCUCGACGACCAACCUGACCGUCGGCCACUCUCCCAGCCGCGUCUCCCCCGACCAGCUACCUCCUCUGCCGCCUAACGAGGACCUCCUGCCAGAGAAGAUCGACAGCUCGAUAGACAAGUGGUUCUUCAUUAGCGGCGCGGCGGCUUAAUUUGUCGCGUACUGUUUAUAGGCGGGAAAAUAAAAAUAAAAAGGGGACCUUGGUGAGCAGGACGGGCGCUUGUUCCGGUACACAUAUUUGUAACCACACAUCUUGAAAUGAUAUGAUGCGUUGCGGAUUAGGAUGGAAAGCCCUGCGUCGCACCCUCUUGCAUGUUGAUAUGUUGACCGAUAAAUGAAUAUGGUAUUCAUGUCGUAA